AUGGAUCCUAAUAAGGCUCCUGGAAAUGAUGGCAUGUCCCCCCUCUUUUUUCAAAAAUUCUGGAGUCUUAUUAAAAAGGAUUUGGUAAAUGCAAUCCAAGGUUUCUUCCAUCAUGGAGUCAUUCUCAAAGCCAUAAACCAUACGGUUAUAUCCUUGAUCCCAAAAGUUGAUUGUCCUACAGAGAUUAACCAGUAUAGGCCUAUUAGUCUUUGUCAAGUGGUCUAUAAAGCAUUAGCAAAAAUCCUUGUUAACAGACUAAAGCCGUUUCUAAGUAGAUGCAUCAGCAAAAGUCAAUCUGCAUUUGUACCAGGUAGGCAAAUUCUAGACAAUGUCAUCCUUUCUCAUGAGUUAAUGCACUAUCUAAAAAACAAAAGGCAAGGUAGUGUGGGCUCUAUGGCAGUGAAACUGGACAUGUCUAAAGCCUAUGACAGAGUGGAAUGGAGCUUCUUGAAGGCUAUAAUGGAAAAAAUGGGCUUUUGCUCAACUUGGGUAAACUGGAUCAUGGCAUGCAUAAGUACAGUAACCUACUCUUUCAAUAUUAAUGGUGAGCACAAGGAGUUUGUCACCCCCUCAAGAGGUAUCAGGCAGGGCGACCCACUUUCCCCUUACCUAUUUCUGCUUUGCUCAGAAGGACUAUCAAGUUUGCUGCAGAAAGCUAAGAUAGAUAAGGAGCUGACAGGUAUAAAAAUUUGCAGGAAGGCGCCUACAAUAACGCAUUUGUUCUUUGCAGAUGAUUCCUUGGUAUUCUGUAAAGCUAACAAACAAGAAGCAGAGAAGCUGAAAAGGAUCCUCAAAGUGUAUGAAGAAGCAACAGGGCAACUCAUUAAUAUGGAUAAGUCCUCAGUCUUAUUCAGCAAAAACACCUUGCCAUCUGUGAAGAGUGAAGUAUGUCAGGCGAUGGGAUCCAUUAAACAGGUUGAACAAGGCAAGUAUCUUGGGUUGCCAAUGGUAAUAACAAGAUCAAAAGAGCAGGUAUUCGGAUUCGUAAGGAACUCAAUAGAUAAGAAACUGAAAGGAUGGAGGAAUAAGUUGUUAAGCCAAGCAGGGAAGGAAAUAAUGAUUAAAGCUGUGGCAAUGGCAAUGCCUACCUACAUUAUGUCCUGCUUUAGACUAACCAACAAGAUGUGUAAAGAAAUCAGUUCGAAAAUGGCUGAUUACUGGUGGGGUGAUGCUGAUGGAAAAAAAAAGUUGCACUGGAUAAGCUGGAAGAAGUUGACAGCUAAGAGAAGCAAUGGAGGAAUGGGCUUUAAAGAUUUGAAGCUGUUUAACAAGGCUCUAUUGGCUAAACAGAUCUGGAAACUAAUAACACAGCCAAAUUUGUUAGUCAGUAGAGUACUGAAGGAGAAGUACUACCCCAAGCAAUCACUUUUCAAUGGAAAAGUACCGCAAAAUGCUUCUUGGAUCUGGCAGAGCUUAGCAGGAGUAAGAAAGGAAUUGCAAGAAGGAAUUAGGAGGAAGAUUAGAAAUGGGAGAGGUACCAGAAUAUGGGAAGAUAAUUGGAUCCCAGGAACAGUGGAAGGGAAACCAACUACUACAAGGCCAUUGGGGUGUCAACUGACAUUAGUGUCUGACUUGAUCAGGCACAACAGAUGGAAUAGAGUCCUGGUAUUCAAAACGUUUAAUUCACAGGAUGCGGAGAGAAUAUUGAGUAUACCAUUAAGUGUAACAGGAUGUGAGGACAGCUAUUUCUGGAUGCAUUCCCAGGCUGGACAGUACACAGUUCAUUCUGGUUAUAAAGCUUGGCUGAAGGCAGAGGAAAACAAGUACACAAGAAGGAAGGAGGAUGCAGGAACAAGCUUUGAAGGAACUAACUCCAAGAUAUGGAACUCAUUGUGGCAACAGAAGGUAAGUCAGAAACUAAAGGUUUUCAUUUGGAAAUGCUUGCAUGGGGGUCUCCCAGUUAAGGAGGCAAUUUUCUCAAGAACAAAGUUAGGGAAACCCAUAUGUACUGGAUGUGGUGAGAAGGUGGAAACGAUAGAACACAUGCUGCUGCAAUGUGCUAAAGUGAAGGAGAUUUGGAAAAUGGCGCCAGUGCAGUGGGAUGGAAUAGAACAUCUGUCUGACAACUUCACCAAAUGGUGGUCCGCAAUCCAGGAAGCUCAAGCCAGUAGAGGUAUGGAGGAUCAAGUGAAUAUUACCAUUAACAUUCUUUGGCAGAUAUGGAAAUCCAGGAAUAAUAGAGAGUUUAAUAAUAAGGAAAAGGUGUCUUUCAAGAUCAUUGAGAAGGCACAGCAGGAGUGGUCUGAAUAUAAUGAAGCUAACAAAGGGGAAAAUUCAAGAAGGAGCACUCAGGAAACAGCGAUACAGCAACGGACUGUCCAGGUUCAACAUGAGAGCCACACUGGUAUAUCAUUGAAGAUCCAUACGCAUCGGGACAGAAGGCAAGCAGCAGUGGGGAUUGGAAUCACAGCCAUAGAUAACUUGGGACAACUGCAAGCAGCAUGGGCACUUAGAGAAAGGUCAUCCGGGGAUACAUUACAAGACCAAGCUGUUGCGGUCAGAUUAGCUCUGCUGAAAGUUGCAGGCCAAGGCUGGAGGAAUGUCAAAGUAGAACUUGACAAUUGCAAGCUGGUAGAAAAUAUAACAGCAGCAACGUACAACAACCAGAUGAUGGCCACCCUAAUUGAGGACAUUAGAUCCAUUGGUACUUUGUUUCAACAGUGCUCAUUUCUUUUUGCUAAUUCUAGGAAAAUAGGAAGUAUCAAACUGAGCAUUCAUGCUCUAAACAUCUGGGUAGAUGAAGAAUGGGUGAAUCCCAAUUUUAGAUGCUAG